GCGCGGGCUGUAGCGGCUGUCGGCGUCGCUCCUGCUCUCCUUGCGCCGGGGACGCCGCUAAUAACGCAUCAGCACGGGCAUGGGCGCGUCCGCCGGGGCAGGGUGUGCGCUCGCCGGAAGAGGCGGUGGAGCGUCUUCCGAGGGCGAACCGGGCGAGUGCCGUGAGCCGUUCGAGCUGCCGCGCUUCUGGGACGCGCUAGGUCAGACAUUCAAAGUAACAUCACAGGAAGCUACAAAGCUGAGUCUGGCUUUCUCAGAGCCUCCGCUGACUUCUGCUGAGGAUUGCCAGAAGCUGAGUGAAGAUGUCCAAAAUGCCAUUCUUGCAGUUGCCACAGUGUACUACUGGCUCCCCAAGGGCCAAGGUACUACUCUUCGGAAGAUGGUACGAGAUGCUACCACUGAAGUAGUGGAAGGAAUGAUCCAACUCACAGAAACAAUUCUCAGUGCUCCAUUGGAGAGCUUGUCUCAGGAACAGCUUAUAUCAACUGGUGGUGUGUGGGAGGCAUGUGAACAAGUGUCCAGCCUUCCACGAGAUAACCAGGCAGCAGUUGCGUCAACUCUGGCUGCAUGUCUAGGUGUGGUCAAGGAUGCUCUGGAGGAGAUGGAACAUGCUCUGGUGGAAGGGCAUGACCCCUACAGUGACAUCAUGGAAGAUGAAGAGCUGGGCUUUCGGGGCAACAGAGAUACAUAUUGGUCAGAAGCUGACCGGAAGCUGCUUAGCUCCUGCAUGGGAUUAAUGAAGGCUUCUAAAGCUUGCCUGAAGAAGGUCUUGGGUGUAGUGAAGGCUUAUGGCAAAGCUGAUUCUCCAGACCAGAUCGCUCAGCUGGAUGAUCUUGCAGACAUUGCUAAUGAGAUCAGUCCAAGUGUUGAUGAGCUGGCACUGAGCAUGUAUCCACCUAUGAACCAGCUGGCUGUGCGGCUUAAUGCUGCUAAGUUGGCCUCAAUAUUAAAGAAAGUCUUAGAGAUUACAAGGACAAGCCAUGUAUGUCCACCAUCAGAGGAAGGCUGGGUGCAGUUUCUAACUGGUGCAGUAGAUCACAACAUGAACAAAAUCAAGAACUUCACACAGGGUCAACUUUAGUUCUUCCAUGUAUACAUGUGUUGCUGCCACUGUUUCUGGCAUGUGCUUUUCCAGUGAAUCUUGGUAUUCUCCAGCUGUUGGGAGAAUGAUGAGAACAUUGUUUUUAGGACUGAACUUUACUGCCAGUUGGUAAAACUUUCCCAGGGAGUUGCUCUUUGCUAUUGCAGAAGGUGUCAUUUUGCUUGGAUUCCUGGGAUCCUGGGAAUGGUGCAGUGCUGCAUCUUAAUGCUGUGAAUGUGCCCCAUUCUUCAGACAUUGCAACUACUAUGGGGUUCAAAGAACAAUAAAAUAUUGCUGGAUUUGCAUGAGUGGCUUUAUCUGUUUUCAGGUGGCAGAGGAUAUGUACAGAAGGAAAGGGUCUUGCUUCUUGCUUGAGCAGGAAGCUCAAUGAAUCAUUAAAAACAUGUAGCGCUGCUGCUAUUUCCUGUCUAACCUUAGAGAAGAGUGAACUGUCUUUCUCUUUAUUGUUUCCUCAGAAAGCAGUGGAAAAUACUAUUUACUACUUUGCCAGUGUCAAGGAUCUGUAGGGGAAUAAUAGUAUAUCUCUAGAGAAACGUUACAUCUAUCAUCACUUUAAACCUCUAGGAUAUUCCUUUUUGCCGUGAGUAGGGAAAAAUGGCUAAGCAGUGGUGGGUUCAGCACAUAUGCAUGGUGAGAAAUGUGGCAUUUGCUUGAGCAUUUACCCCAUCUUUGCCACAGUAAGGUUGAACUUCAAAACUGGAAAGUGGGCAUAGUGGCAGAGGGAAGAGAGUUGAGUUUGUACAGAUAAUCAAAGUCAGUCAUGGUUUUAAAUAUCUUUUAUUCAGCUGUUAACAUCUGUGCUUGCCUGAGACCAGGGCACGGAUCAUGACCACUCUUUUGUAAACAGGACAGCAGGACCUGUUCUAAGUUGGGCAUUAGGCAGUUGCAAUGUCGAUAGUUUUGUAGCUCUUCAGGUUCUGGAAUUGAAGGCAGGUAAGAUGUGCAGUGAGUC